AUGGCAGACAACGACUAUGUUUACAAACUAUACCGCUAUGUUCCUUCAAUCCCAGCUGCUGCAAUCAUGGCAGCAGUCUUUGGUCUCCUGGCCAUGGGGCAUCUCUAUCGCAUCGUGAACCGCAGGGCGUACUUCUUCGUCCCUUUCAUGAUUGGUCUUCUUUUUGAAACGGCAGGUUAUAUUGCUCGCAUCUUCUCCCAUUUUUAUCCAACCGCCCUGGGGCCAUAUAUCGUCCAGACCAUGUUGAUCCUCGUCGCUCCCCCAUUGUUCGCCGCCUCCAUCUACAUGACUCUCGGACGAGUGGUCCUGGAGCUGGACGCGGAGCCAGCCUCGCUGAUUCGAGUACGCUGGCUGACCAAGAUCUUUGUCGUGGGGGAUGUCAUUUCCUUUCUGUUGCAGUGCGGAGGGGGCGGAUACAUGGCGGCGGGCACCCUCGACGCAAUGGAGACGGGGGAGCACAUCGUCAUCGCCGGUCUCGCAAUUCAGCUACUCUGGUUUGGCUUCUUCAUCCUCGUCGCAUCGCUGUUCCACUGGCGUGUCGUCCGCCAUCCAAAAUAUACCAUCUCCAAAGACCUCAAGUCCCAGGGCUCUGGGAUCUCCUGGCCGACACUCAUGUGGGCCCUCUACGCCGCCUGCGUGCUGAUCCUGGUCCGCUCCGUCUUCCGGGUGGUCGAGUUCGUCCAGGGCAACGCCGGCUUCAUCAUGAGACAUGAGUACCUCCUCUACGUCUUCGACGCGGUUUUGAUGGCGCUGACUGGUAUUGUGCUUGGUCUCGUCUUCCCGGGUUCGUUUGUCUCGCGCCGGUCGCGAUGGGCCGAGGAUGGUAUUCCUCUUGGUAGUCAGAUGUCUAGGUGA